AUGGCCAAGGUAUCCGCAAUUGUAGCAAAGUUUUGGAAGUUUGAAGUACUGGAACUGAAUCCAUUCUUUGCGGCCUCUGUAGAUAUCCAAAAAGAACCCCGGAGUGAUCUUGUGAUUAUCGUAAUUAGUGUUGUUGAUGCAUCAUCAUCGAAACACACAUUAUUCCGAAACUUGAUUAAUUCUGGUGAUCACCCACCAAACAGUGGGAGUACCCGAUGGGCAGUUCUCGUUGCUGGCUCAUCCGGAUGGCAAAACUAUAGGCAUCAGGCAAAUGUAUGUCACGCGUAUCAAAUAGUGAAAAAAGCUGGAUUAAAGGAUGAAAACAUAAUAGUUUUCAUGUACGAUGAUAUUGCCUUCAACCCCAAUAAUCCUAAGCCUGGAGUCAUCAUUAACAGGCCCAAUGGUCCAGAUGUCUACCAUGGAGUUCCCAAGGAUUAUACAGGGGAUAAUGCCACUCCAGAAAAUCUUUAUGCUGUUAUUCUUGGAAAUAGAACUGCUCUGAGUGGAGGUAGUGGGAAGGUUGUAAAUAGCGGACCAGAUGACUAUAUUUUCAUCUAUUAUACCGAUCACGGCGGUCCUGGUGUUGUUGAGAUGGCAGCUGGUGAACCUAUAUAUGCUAAUGACCUUGUGAGCGUACUAAACAAGAAACAUGCUGCAAAUGCUUAUAAAAGCAUGGUAUUUUACCUUGAAGCGUGUGAUUCUGGGAGUAUGUUUGAGGGGCUAUUGGCAGAGAAUAUAAGUAUAUAUGCAACAACAUCAACAUAUCCAAAUGAACUUGGUUGGGCUACAUAUUGCCCUCCCCAACGUAAUUCCACCUCUACUGGUUAUGAUGUUUGUUUGGGUGAUGUCUUCAGCGUUUCCUGGAUGGAAGAUUCAGACAAGCAGGAUUUACGUAAAGAAACUUUGGAGCAACAAUUUGAAGUGAUUCGGAAGAGAACAGCAGAGGACAACAGUAGUAGGAGCGGUGGUGGAUUGGCUCAUACAUCUCAUGUGAUGCAAUUUGGUGAUUUGAGUUUAAGUAAUCAAUUUGUAUCUACUUACAUGGGUGAUAACCCUCCAACUACUUCUACUAUACAUAAUUAUCAUCAACUCAAUCAUCCCUCUUCAUCAUCUUCACUUCGCGUUUCACAGCGAGAUGCCGAUCUAUUUCACUUUUCCUAUAAGUUCAAUAAGGCUCCUGCGGGUUCUAAGGAAAAAGCCAAGGCUGGAGAGGAUCUACAAGCUUUGAUUACUCAGAGAAAACAAGUUGAUGAUAAUAUCAAUCGCUUAGAGAAACUUGUACUUGGAAAUAAAAACGGAAAACUCUUGAACAAUGUUCGUCCUCUUGGUCAACCUCUUGUUGACGAUUGGGAUUGUCUUAAGAAACUUGUGAAGACAUAUGAAAUAUACUGUGGAGCUUUGUCAUCAUAUGGUAUCAAGUACACGAGACACUUUGCCAACAUGUGUAACGUUGGGGUUAACCAUUUCCAAUUUUCAGUGGCUGCACUUCAUUCCUGCUAUUCUUAAUGAAGCAAAUAUAUAUUAUAAUAUAUACAAAUAUAAUAAUAGUACAUAACAGUAUUGAAGUGGAUAUUGAACAAAAUAUAAUUACCAUAUAAGUAUGCGAUACAGGUAUUCAGGGAUAUAUUUGCUUGUAAUAUUAUAAUUAUACAUGAAAUAAUUAAAC